GGGUGACGGCGCUUCCCGGCAUGCUCGGUGCGCAGGCGCGGGGCGGCGGGCGCAGCCCGGGGGCCGCGAGGGCGGCGGGGCGCCGGGCAUGGCGGCGGGCGGCGGGGAGCGGGCGGCAGGUGCGGCGCAGCAGGGAUGAGGAGCCGGCAGCGGAUGUUGGCAGCGGCGAUGCGCCUGCUCCUCAAGUGCCUGCGCCUGGGCCGGCGGCGGCGCUUUAAGCUGGUGCGGCAGGCGGGGCAGCUGUGGCACUACGGGCGCCUCUGCCUCCGCUCCCUGCUCUACAAUUCCUUCACCAACGGCGACGUGGUGCUUGACUCCCUCUUUGAGCCUGUCUACUGGCUGGUGGACCACGUCACCCGCUGGUUUGGUGUGGUGUUUGUGGCACUGGUGAUAGGGUUGACAAGCUCCAUCGUGGCCAUCGUAUACAUCUGCCUGCUGCCCCUUAUCCUGCAGACGUACACACCUGCUUGGAUCUGCUGGCAUCUUGCCUACGGACACUGGAACCUCAUCAUGAUUGUCUUCCACUACUACAAGGCCAUCACCACCUCGCCUGGGCACCCACCACAGGCCAAGAACGAUCUCACUGGCGUCUCCAUCUGCAGGAAAUGCAUUGCCCCCAAGCCGGCUCGCACCCACCACUGCAGCAUCUGCAACAGGUGUGUGCUGAAGAUGGACCACCACUGCCCCUGGCUCAAUAACUGUGUUGGGCACUACAACCACCGCUACUUCUUCUCCUUCUGCCUUUUCAUGACCAUGGGCUGCAUCUACUGCAGCAUCAGCGGCUGGGACAUGUUCCGGGAUGCAUAUGCAGCCAUUGAGAGAAUGAAACUGCUUGAGAAGGAGAGACUGCAGGUGGCUGCCAACCAGACGUAUUACCAGACCCCACCCCCCACCUUCACCUUCCGCCAGCGAGCUUUCCACAAGAGCGUGGUCUACCUCUGGGUCCUGUGCAGCUCAGUAGCAUUGGCCCUGGGUGCCCUCACACUAUGGCAUGCUGCUCUCAUCACCCGUGGGGAAACCAGCAUUGAGAGGCACAUCAAUAAGAAGGAGAGGCAGCGACUGCAGAAGAAAGGCAAGGUAAGCUCAGUGCCCGGGGUGGGAGGGCUGGCCAGAUCCAGACUUGAUGUGCAUCUCCCUGGCCCACAGGUGUUCAGAAACCCCUACAGUUACGGCAGCUGGGAUAACUGGAAGGUGUUUCUGGGAGUGGACGUGCCAAGGCACUGGCUCACCCGCGUCCUCCUGCCCUCUCCUCACUUACCCCAUGGAACAGGCCUGAGCUGGGAGCUGCCUCCCUGCAUGACCAAGCAGCGCACACCGCUCCUGGCCAUCUGAGGCCUGGGUGCUGCAGCAGUCUCUCCCCGCUGGCAGGGGAGCGCACAGGGGACCCACUCCCCAGCCAGGGCUCAGUUUGGCCCAAGUGGCUGGUGGAAGGCAGGUGCUCUUACCAGAGCCAGAGCUCUGGGAAAUAGAACUUUGUCGAGGCCUGGUUGCCUGCUCUAUUAGCGCCUCAGUGGCUGCAGGCAGCCCUGGGGAAGGGGGCAAAGCUGCUGUUCCCCAGUCUUGAUGAAGGUACUGUCUUCACUACACACCAAUAUGGGCCAACACAGGGCCCGGUGUGGCUCCGUGACAGGGCAGGGGGCAGAGGAUGGCUUACCUGCCCCCUAAGCAUUCCCCAGGGAGACUUUUUAAGAGCAUCCAAUAAAGGUGUUUUGUGUUGGUUUUUUUUU